AUGUCUAAGAGGAAAAAUGUAAAUGUAAGAGUGAGUGAUGACGAGGAGUCUGAUUACAAGGAUCAAGAUGAUUUUGAAGACGAAGCUGAGUCAGACAAACAAGAAAGUGAUGAACCAAAAGUAUAUACUAAAAAAGCAAAGACCAAAAAAAAUGAAGAUGAGGAUGAGGACAGUGAUAACAGUCCCCCUCCAAAAAAGUCUAAAGGCCGAAGCAAUAAAGGCGAUCGUGGAGAAAAUGAUCAGGGUGAAGCAUAUUUCAAGAAAAGACGUGUCACUGUUCGUGAAUUUAAGGAGAUGAUUUUGGUCGAUAUUCGUGAAUGCUUUAAACAAAACGGUGAAUAUCUUCCAGGGAAAAAAGGCAUAAGUUUGCAAGUCGAUCAAUGGAACAAGCUUAAGGAAUUUGUUGAUGAUAUCGACGCCGAGGUCAAAAAGUUAGAAGAAAAGUUAGAAUAA